AUGUCUAGCAAACAUGAUGGUCUCCAAUCGGCAUCUGGUCCAUUACGAAGAUGCGCACUGGGAACGAAUGGGAAACAAAGCAUAUUCUUGGAAGAGGUAAAAAUUGAAAAGGGACAGUUCGAGAUAACGACGCUCAUGACUAUAGAAGAUACUGGAGGUCCCUAUUCUGUGGAAAGACAAGCGAGAAGGUUGCUCUUCGUGCCGGAAGAUAAGCAUAAACGAGUAUUGGAUGUACUCCACGAGAGAGCGAUGGCGUAG